CGCAGUCCACCUCCAGACACAUUGGGAAGUUGAAAACAUGCCUGGAAGACAAUCCCAUGGCGGACCGCCGUCGAAGAAGCCACGGGUGAAGAACAAUUCGAAAAAACGAGCUUUAGACGCCUUCGCGAUCGCCUCGCACACGAAUCCCGAUAAAAUCAAAAUCCGACAGCAUCGUCUGGGAGUACAAGAGGGAGGGAAUAGGCCUGGGAAACGCCGAAGGGAUGAGGAUGACGAGGAGGGUGAAGAGGAAGAGGAUACAAGCUCGAAGAAGCAGAAAAAGGGACCUGCGAAAGGCCGGUUCGAUGAAUUGGAUAUAGAUGCGGGGAGUGACAGUGAGGGGAACGAGUGGAGGCUUGGGCAGGUCGACAGUGAUGAUGAUAGCGACUUGGACAGUGAUGAAGCAUUCGGGGAGAGCGAUGAGGAGCGUUUCGACGGGUUUGCGUUCUCGGGGAGCUCUAACAAGCAGGGAAAGAAAAAGGCACCGCGGACGAAGGAUGUGAACCUCGACGAGGAAGACGAGGAGGAGUCAGAUUCCGAGCUGGAGGAGGGUGAUCUGGGAGAAGAUGCUGUGGAUCUUGCCACGAUGUUGGAUAUGGCAGAGGAAGAACAGAGGGAGGAGGCAGAGGCUGGCAAGCAAAAGGGCAGCGAAAAAGAUGCCUCAGAAUCUGCCGAAGAAGAGGAAGACAGUGAGGAGAGUGACAACGAGUCGUCGAUGUCAUCUGCAGACGAAGAUGACGAAGCCGCCAAUCCUGCGAAAAUUGCACUUCUCCAAGAUCUUAUUGCGAAUCUACCACAAGUUGACGAAUCGAGUCGAGGUCCGGCGAAGCAACGGAGUGAUGGUGCCUGCGAAUAUGAUAAACCCCGAGAUUCUGGUCUCAAGUCUAAGACGCCGCUCAGAUUGGAAGAUUUUGGGUUAUCUACGAUUAAAGACCCACAGAUGAAGAGGUCAUUGCAGUUUCUGGAAGACAAUCCGACAGGAUCCAGCAAGAAGAAGGUUAAUAAAAGGCUAGAAGUCCCUCUUGCUAGACGGCAGCAAGAGCGCCUGGACCGUAGUGCUGCUUAUGACAAGAGCAAAGAGACGUUGAACAGAUGGACAGACACAGUUGCACACAACCGCCGGGCCGAUCACCUCAUUUUCCCACUUCCAGACAAUGACAUGGCAUCAGCACAUUCUAACACGCAGCUUGUGCCAACCAAUCUCACCAAGCCAUUUAAUGAGCUCGAGGCUACCAUUCAGAGCAUUCUUGAGGAAAGUGGUCUGGCAACAACAGAUGGGAAGGAUGACGAAGAUCACAUUCGAGAAUUCGAGGAAUUGGAGGCAAACAAACUCUCAGUGGCAGAAGUCAAAGCGCGGAGAGAUCAACUACGGAUGGCACGAGAGCUACUUUUCCGGGAAGAGGCAAAAGCAAAGCGUAUCAAGAAGAUCAAAAGUAAAUCGUACCGCAAAGUUCACCGGAGGCAGCGUGAAAAGGAGGAGCGUCAAAAUAGAGAGGCCUUGGAAGAAGGUGGCUAUGUCCCAUCCGAGGACGAGUUAGAAGUGCAGGAUAGAAGACGUGCGGAGGAACGCAUGGGCGCGAGACAUCGAGGCAGCAAAUGGGCCAAGGCUAUGAAAGAAACAGGCCAAUCAGCUUGGAACGAGGAUGCGAGGUCUGGAGUCAGUGAGAUGGCUAGAAGAGAUGAAGAGCUAAGGAAGAGGAUUGAGGGCAGGGCAGUGCGAAAGGAAUUCGAAAACGAAUCAGAAGAUUCGGUUAGCGAUUCCGAUGACGAUAUGAGUGAGGACGACGAGCUUGUGGAGAAGAAACGACUUUUACGAAAAUUAGAAAAAGUUGGCGGCACGCCUCUAUUAGACGAAUCCCUCCCUGGGGCGAAACUGGUCAAUAUGGAUUUCAUGCGCAAGGCAGAUGCGGCUCGCAGGAAGAAGAAUGACGAUAUGGUAGAGGAAAUGCGACGCGAGCUCGCGGGUGAAGAAUUUCCAAGUGAAGAAGAGUUUGAUGGAGAUGUCGGUCGAAGAAUUUUUGGUCCUGGGAGCAAUGCAGCCCAGGAAAAGAAGCAAAAGUCUAACAAUGCCAACGAAUUUGAAGAACCAGCUGGCUCGGAGGGUGAUGAGGGUGGUGCCGAAACCGAAUUUCGUGGGUUUGACAUCGGCCAGAAUAGCGCAGCAGAGCGAACGCGGAGCAAGGCUACUGAUCGAUCUUUGAAACCCAACACGUUUUCAAAACCCAACAACCAACAAACACUUAAUUCCGAGGGUGGAGCAUGGUCGAAGGUGGUCUCAAAAUCAUCAUCAAUCAGUGAUGCAGAAGCCAAGAGAAGACGACACAAGAAGAACGAUGCCAUCGAUUUUGAGGAAUUGGAUUUGUCAAAAGCCGCUGUCAUCGCAUCACAACCGAAGUCUCGAAAAUCAUCGAAGAAAUCUAUCAUACUGGAAGUAGAUUCUGAUUCCGAAGAAAACAGUGAUGAAAACAAAAUCCGCUUGCCGUAUGCUAUCAAGGACCAGGAGCUCAUCAAGCGAGCAUUUGCUGGAGCUGAUGUUGUUGGCGAAUUCGAGGCUGAGAAGAAGCAGACUGUCGAAGAUGAGGAUGAGAAAACCAUCGACAACACCCUUCCCGGCUGGGGAAGCUGGGUUGGCGACGGUGUGAGCAAAAGAGAAAAAGCAAAGAACAAGGGAAGGUUUCUUACAAAAUCCGAGGGUAUCAAAGCACAGAAUAGGAAAGAUGCAAAGCUCGAACGGGUGAUCAUUAAUGAGAAACGCAUCAAGAAAAACGGCAAAUAUCUUGCAUCGAGCCUUCCACAUCCCUUCGAAACGAAACAGCAGUAUGAGAGGUCAUUGCGGCUCCCUCUCGGACCUGAGUGGACUACAAAAGAAACCUUCCAAGAUGCGACGAAACCCCGGAUUUUGCUCAAGCAAGGCAUUAUUACCCCGAUGUCGAAACCCUUACUUUAAUAGCCUGAGAACGCUUCUAGAGGACAAUACACUAGACAUGCAAUCACAAUGAUCACGACCCCUUUUCCACGUGAAAUGCUCAGCCUACUUAGCCACCAUCCGAUCUUAAACAGUGCAUUGGAAUUUACCCACACCACAACACUCCGUUUCCCCAACCCCUGGUUCGUCUGCGAAAUGCAGAAUAAACAGUUGGUCAAAACAUCUCUCGCUUCGUGCAUUGUUGUUGUGCCGCCUCGGCUCUGGUGGCUGGAUGACAACAGCUCGGCUCUGUUGAUAUCCAACAGAAGGCUCAGCAGUUGGUGAUAAUGGUAAUACGCCCGAUAUGCAUCUGAUAACGCUUGCCGGAGACUCUUUUGUGAUUUAACGUUUCGUCUGAAGUUUCAGGGAGAUUUCAGCUGGUUGGAAUGGAAUAGCUAACGAGCUCCUUCAGACGAACUGGGGAAGUAUAUAUCUG